CCAGUCUAGAACGUAUCUUUGAAGUAGAACGCUGAGGGCAGAACAAUUGUGUUUUGGAUUCCUUGCCGUGCGGAUCGCGAGUUAUGAAAGCGCAGCAGCAGUAGUAGAGUGGCAGUAGCAGUAACAGCCCAUAGCCAUAGCCAUAUAGCAGCAGCAGCACUCGAGCAGCAUUCAAAAAGAACAGCAGCGAAACAGCUCAAAACUGAAAUCCAAACUCAGAAACAGCGCCAUCGUCGUUCGAGCAGCACGCAGCAGCAAAAAGCAAAAAAUAAAUUAUAAAAUAACUAUACAACAACAACAACAAAAAAAACAAAAAGAAACCAACACUAAACACUGUCUAACAAAACUGCUAAACUGCUGAACCAAAGGCUAAAAACGUAUAUAGUUUUUUGUGUGAAAUCAAUAUAACUAUUAUUAUUUUUUUUUUACUGUGUGUUUUUUUACGGAACUUUUUCCCGCGUGUAAGUUGUUGGCUUACACACUCUGUGGGGUUAACCUGUGUGUGCGAGAGAGCGGACGGACGUCGCUGUCAAUGUGAACGUCGUUCGUCGUCGUCGUCAUCGUCAAUCGUUGUCGUUGUCGCAGUCUCAGUCGCCGUGGGCGCCUUAGGGGCCAGGCCAGACCAGAGACCAGGGCUGCCGGAUCGCGAGUUAUGAAAGCGCAGGCGUCGCACGCAUGUAGCAGCAUUGGCUACAGCAACAACAGCAACAACAGCAACAAGAGCAACAAAAGCAACAGCUCCAAUACCAACACCAAUACCAACAAAGCCUUCUGAUACAAUCAAACCCAUAUACAAAGUAACUGGAAAGAGAGAGAGAGAGGGAGAAAGAGAUAUAUCUAUAUUUUUGAUAGAAACAGUUUUACACGAAACCGAGCACCCAACAUCAAACCAAAAUGGAUACCAGCGAACAAAGUUCGAUCAUCAAUGGAUCAUCGGGAGUAGGAGGAGUGCAGAAGCGACAGUCGCAGUCGCAGUCCCAGCAGAAGGAUCAGUCCGAGCCGAACAACAACAGCUCCUCGGGCAGCCCCAAAAUGGGCUCUCGACGCAUCUUUACGCCCCACUUUAAGCUGCAGGUUCUGGAAUCGUAUCGCAAUGACAAUGACUGCAAGGGCAACCAGCGGGCCACCGCCCGCAAGUACAACAUCCAUCGCCGCCAGAUCCAAAAGUGGCUGCAAUGUGAACCCAAUCUUCGCUCCUCGGUGGCAAACAAUCAGCACCAGCACCAGCAUCAGCAGCAGCAGCAGCAACAGCAGCAGCACCAGCAACAGCAGCAGCACCAUCAACAGCAGUCGGUGUCCCCCACACCUGGACAGGUGAAGGCGCAUCAGUUCCACAAUUUGGACCAUCCGCUGGUCCAUCAGAUGCACCAUCAUCAUCAUCUGCAUCAUCAUGCCGCAGCGGCUGCAGCAGCAGCAGCGGCUGCAGCGGCACACCAUGCCCAUCAUCUGCUGGCAAAUGGAUUCGCUGCCGCCCACCAUCCGCACCAGCACCAACAUCCGCAUCCACAUGCGCAUGCGCAUCCGCUGGCUGCUCAUCCGCAUCUGCAUGUGCCUGUGGCGGUGCCCGUGGCCGUGCCAGUGCCAGCAGUGCAUCCCCACCAGCAACAGCAACAGCAGCAGUCGCAGCCGCAGCCGCAGCAGCAGCAGCUUCCAGCAGUCGCCAACAGCAGCAGCAGCCUGAGCAAUGGCAGUGCCACAAGCAAUGGCAGCAGCAGCCAAGGCUCCACUACAUCCGGUGGUGUCCUGUCGGCGGCCAAAAUCGUGGCCGUUGUAGCCGCCGUCGCCAUGGCCAACAGCAGCAGCAGCAGCAGCAGCAGCGGCACCGGCACCGGCAGCGGCAGCGGCAGUGCCUCCAUAUCGACACCAACGUCAACGCCAUCAGCCAUCAGUGCCAACCCAUUGCCAUAUACCCAGAGCAGCAGUAGCAGCAGCCACAGUCCUAGCGCUGCCAAUGUCCAAGUGCCAACGCAAGUGCCAAUCGCGGUCUCCCCGGUUGCCAGCCACAUUCCACACCCACAUCCACAUCCGCAUGCCCAUCCGCAUGUCCAUCCCUAUGCCGCUUACCACACCUACCUGCCGCACCACCACCAUGCCCUGGCUGCCCAGCUCCAGGGAUCCCAGGCACAGCCAUCGCCAGCGGACCAACAUCUGGUGCAGAGUCGCCUGGAGGCAGCCCCCACUCCGGCGCCCAUGGAUCUGUCGCUGGGCAGCUCCGCGCGCCGCCAGCAAAAGCUCGAGAUGGAAAUGGAGCUGGAGCUGGAGCACCAUCGGCCGCGCACUGCUGCCGGGGUGGAUCUGACCUUUAGGAAGCGCAAGGUGAACUGCACGCCCGUGCAGCCGGACAAGAUCAGCAAGCUGGAGACGAUCAAGAGCGAGCCGGAGCCAGAGCCAGAGCAGCAGCCGGAGCAGGAGAGCGAGGAUGUCGAUGUCGAUGUGGAGGUCGAGGCUGAGGCGGAGCACGAGCGCAAGCUCCCCUCCAAGCAGGUGAAACUCUUUAAGCCGUAUCUGCUGGACGAUGACGAUGAUGCCGCCGCCGGCGCUGGGGAUUCGGAGGAGGCUGAUGAGGUGGAUGCCCACGAGGAGGAGGAUGAUCGCAUUGUCGGGGACGACGAUGACGAGGCGGUCGAGGGCGAUGCCGAUGAGGAUCAGCACGAGGAUCUGAAUGGCAAGAAGCAGCAGCGUCGCCUCAAGAAAAACAAGAAGGUGGGCGAACAGCGGGAUCCCAUUAUCUGGAGCAAUCAUCCGUAUCCGGCCUGCCUCUCGCCCUCCCCCCACGCCCGGAGCUCGCUCUCCGGCAGCAGCUUUCAGUCGCCGCUGGUCAUGCACCUGCAGGCAGCGUCGAAUGGCAGCGGUAGCGGCUCUCCAGUGUCCUGCCAGCUGCAGACAUUUCCCGGCAGCUCCCUCGUCGGGAGUCCUCAGCACCAGUUUCAGAGCAGAAGCGGCAGUGGCAGCGGCAGCAAGACAUCCACGCCCAUCCAGAGCGUCCUCAGCCCGUUCUCGGCACCGGCCCUCUCCCCCACCGGCUUCUGCUGUCCCAAGGGCUCCCCCGUGUCCGGCUACGAGAGCAGCUCCUCCACCUACAGCGACAGUGCCAGCAGCAGCAGCAGGACUUGCGGCGCCACCACAGGCAGUGCCAGCAAUUUCAGCCUCAAUCUGCAGCUCCAUGCCGCCGUCUACAACGACAACCUGAUGUACAUCCAGCCGCAGCAGCAUCAGCAGCAGCAGGCGCACCUUCAACGCUGGCUGGAUCAGGAUGCUUUGGCCGCUGCCAUGGCCGCCAGCAGCCAUCAUCCGGCGGUGCAGGUGCUGCAGGCAAUGCCCGGGACAAGGCCAACAUCCAACACGGCAGCCUCAACGGCGACAAAUCUGACAUUGGUGGCAUAAGCAGCAACAGACGGAGUUGAGGAGCAGCGGGUGUGCGGAGCUGAGAUCCCACCAAGAAGUUAUGGCAGUCACUGGGCCUGGCCUUCCUAGCGUUAAACAAUUACCACAUAAUACACAUUUUCUUUAUGAGUUUAAGCGAACUUCGUUCUUCAGUUAUUUGAUAAGGUUUUCAAGAAAGAGGACCCAGGGGACAUCCACAUAGACAUCCUAUUGCCCCAACCCAACCCAUAAAAUAUAUAUCAUAUAUCUUCCAAGCAUAUCAGAACCCCCCACCUAAUCUCUAAGGAUAUAGCAUAUAGAUAAUUUUUUUUUGCUCUAAGUUUAAGAACAAAUUUAGUUUAAGCAAAAAUGGAUAUUUUUUUUUUUUUUGUCAUUAAACCUUGAACAAUGGUCU